AUGCAGUUUGCCAUGGAUUCCACUCGAUACACUGCUGAAUCUACUGCCAGUAGUUCAUCACCCAAGAGCACAAUCAGUAAUUACUCAACAUCCACAAUGGAGAUUGAAAGCUAUCUUCAGUUCUAUCUUGUUCAAAUCCAGCCUUUUUUUCCACUGUUUGUACCUUCUUACUUUAAUAGACAAUAUGCCAUGCAUGAAUUACCCAGGAUUCUUGUCUAUGCUGUCUGUAUGCUAGCUGCUCAUUUUCAAUAUCCAAGUGGUGAAGAUGAAAAUUACUAUUAUCAGAAAGUCAUGAUGAUGUUGGAUGAAGCUGUAGGCAGACCUUCGAUUGGACUUGUCCAGACCUUGUUGUUAUUGAUCAAAUAUAUGGAAUGCAAGAACAACUUUAUGUUUUUCGAGAAAUCUAAAAGUUUAAUGGCAAGGACAAUUGAAGUGUGUAAAAUACUUCAAUUGCAUACUUUUCAACCCGAUACACCUGAUGCUGCUGAAACCAAGAAACGUACCUUUUGUAUGGUAUUUGCCUGUAAUACCCUUUUAUGUGUUGAACAAGGCAUUGAAUCUGAUUUCAUGAGUCACAUGUAUAUCAAGGAACCCGCUUUGUUGCUUCCUUCGCCUUCUAGUACAGAUGAUAUGAUUGAAGGUCAACGUUUUAUUAUCUCCUUCUCAUUCACAUUAUCUCAAAUUCACCAACACAUCUUGCGUGUCACAAAACGGCAAGAAACACAACAACAUACACGCAAUGAUUCACAAAUCAUUCAAGAGAAUAUGGCACUGUUACACUUACAAGCCAUGCUUGACAAUGAUUUUAUGCAUUUACCUUCUCACCUUGCUUACUCACGCCAUAACUCUUCCUGGCCUUUCCCUGCAGCUGAAGAAGACACAACUGUAAAUAUACCGCCCAUGACGAGACUUGUCCACAUGUUGUACCACUUGAAUAUCAUUGUAUUACAUUAUCAUUAUAUGAUGCAUCCUUUACCACAAGGAUCAAAUGGCGACAUCAAGUCAUACCCUCAUCGACACAUGUGUAUCUCCGCUGCUUCUAUGAUGACUCGCUUAGUAGAAGGGCUCUUGCUGGAUCCUGUCCAGUCGUUUCGAUAUGCACCAAGGGGUGUCCAGUUUGUUGCUCACUGUAUGACUUCUGCAUUGACUGUAUUGCGAGUCGAGAGUAUGAAUCAAGACACAAUGACGGUCAACAAAGUUUGCUUUGAUGAAUAUCAACGAUGCGCUCAGUUGGCGCAACGUGUGGCGUCUGUUUCUCCAUCAUUUGAAAUGCGAUCUUAUGUCAAUGAUAAUGCAAGCACUAAUUCUUCAGUGGGCACUUCACCUUCGCCUAUUCUUCAACAACAUACGAAGCGAAGAAACACGAUUUCUGAGCAAACACCUUCUUUUCCAAGAACAGUGAAUUAUCCUAUGGUUGUGCCACAAUCUUUAUUGCAGUCUUCAAGUACAGAUAUCUUUCAUCUUCAGCCACCGCCUUAUCCCCAAUAUCAUCAGCCGUUAUCCAAUGGUCAUGCUGCACCACUUCAUAUUCAGAACAAUAACAACAACAAUAGUCUUCGUAAACUCAGAGGAUCAACACAGUCUUGUCAAGAUUUAAGGUCCAUGAAUCGACUCCAUAUGAGCCAUACAGGCUUCCAUCGAGGUUCAAGUAACAAGUCAGUGGUAUCCACUGGUAGUACCAGUUCAAACACAACUACACCUUAUCGACACUAUCCACCCUAUCCAGUCAAUGACGCUGUGAUUCCAGUCACUUCCCAAUCUUCAGGGAAAAUACGCCGUAUUAAAAAGAGCAUGUCUACGCAUGGCCUAUCUACAAAUUACCGACAACAACAACAACAACAACAACAACAACAAUCAGUUCCAAUGCUUUAUACCCAACAACCUUUAUUGAACAAUACUUCUUCAUUCCUUCAUCGACCUUAUCAACCUACAUUUGAUGAUGAUAUCAAACUCACUCCUUCCACAUCUGCAAUGAACCCCAUACACACAGUCAUGAUGGAUGACUUGAGUAUGAAUAUGGAUUUUGACUUUUUAUAUGGCUCGAAUGAUCAUUAUGGACAAAGAUCCGAGGGUCAUCAAUUAUUGUAA